GACUCCACGAGAAAAUUAAGGUCAACAUAGGAAACGAAAUUUCAGAGUGGAUGAUCCGAGAGCCCGCGGGAAGACUAGGACGGCACCGGUUCCGCGUCUCUCCGGCCAGACCGCACGUGCAACCUUUUCCGGCUUUCCAGAUUCAGAGAGAUUGGAAGGCAGGCCAAGGGGCAAGCGAUAUGCAGGCAUCAAGAGCUAGGCUUUUUAAAGAGUACAAGGAGGUGCAGAAAGAGAAAUCAGCAGAUUCCGACAUUCAGCUCAUAUGUGAUGAUUCAAAUAUAUUCAAGUGGACUGCUCUUAUAAAGGGACCUUCGGAAACACCCUAUGAGGGUGGCGUUUUUCAGCUAGCCUUCUCUGUGCCAGAACAAUAUCCGUUGCUGCCUCCUCAAGUCCGGUUCUUGACAAAAAUAUUUCAUCCAAACGUACAUUUCAAGACGGGAGAGAUAUGCCUUGAUAUUUUGAAAAAUGCUUGGAGCCCUGCAUGGACCCUUCAGUCGGUGUGCAGGGCCAUAAUUGCAUUGAUGGCGCAUCCAGAACCUGACAGUCCACUCAACUGUGAUUCAGGUAAUCUUUUGAGGUCUGGCGACUACAGGGGAUACUACUCCAUGGCUAGAAUGUAUACCAAGCUUGCUGCCAUGUCCAAGAAGGGAUAACCGGAUAAGGAGUGAAAUGCCGGCAUGUUUCUUACAUGGGUAUGCAUUGUAGCCUUGUAUUGUAUUAAGAAAGCGUUUGUGGUUGAAGCAACGCUUUAUCAACUUUCGAGACUCUGUUCUGUUUCUUGAUUGGAACAAGGAAAAUCCCAGUCUUUAGUCAUGUCUUCUCUUUUCUUAGGCUCUAAUUUGGUGUAGUCCUGAAAAUGUCGCUGCUGCUUUCAUAUAGGAAAAUCCUAAAAUAAUAAAAUGUUCACAUUAUGUCUGGGUGCAGACAUUUUGGUGUUGUA